UCCUAGUCGAAGUCAAGGAGAACUUUGAUUCUUCAGGCAUCUCUCGCGCAGAACACGGACUUUUCUAUAGGAGCGCGAGGACGUUUGGACACCUCAGAGAUGCCUUUUAUGGUUUCAGUCGGUGAUAUCGCUCCCUUUAUGUUGAGUACAAAACUGAAAAAAAUGUGCUCAUUCUGAGGCGCAAAGGAGACCUUUCUGUUGGAUUUCCAUUACAGUCCGGAGACGUGAUGUCUGCCAGCGCUCGCGCCCUGUUCUUAGUAUUGCUGAGUGUGCUUCAGGCAAACGGCCAGAUGGAGAUGAAGAGGGUGGUUGGAGACAAUGCCACACUGCCAUGCCACCAUCAGCUGUGGCAAGCUGACACCUCCUUACUUGACAUUGAGUGGAUGCUGCAUAAAUCCAGCACACGGCAGAAAGUGGUGAUCACGUACUUUGCGGGUCAAAUCUACAACCCCUAUGAGAGUGAGGAGGGACGCCUGUCCCUGGCAGGCGAGUUCCUGAAAGGCGACGCUUCGCUCAUGAUCAGCGACCUCUUGCUCACCGACUCUGGAGAAUACAUCUGCAAGGUCAAGAAUGGCGGGAAGUACUACUGGAACACAGUCAACCUCAUUGUGCUCUUGAAGCCGUCUAAACCACGCUGUUGGAUGGAGGGACGUCUGCUGGAAGGAAGUGAUGUCAAAAUGAGCUGUAAGUCCACAGAUGGUUCUGACCCAAUCAGCUACAAAUGGGAGACAGUCCUGGACAAGGGAAAAUAUGCCGGGAAGCUCCCACCUCUGGCUCUCAUAGAUUUAAAGAAUCCUGAGAUAGUAACGUUGAAAAAUCUGACGAGGGAAAGCGCAGGCAUCUAUAAAUGCACCGCCAGCAAUGAUGUCGGGGAAGAGAGCUGCACUCUAGAGGUCAAAGUUCACUAUGUCCGUGGCAUGGGUGUGGUGGCUGGCGCCGUUGUGGGUGUGUCCUUUGGUGUUCUCCUCAUCAUCCUCAUUGUCUGGCUUGUUUUUCGCCACAAGGUGAAAGAGAAAAAGAAAUAUGAAGAGGAAGAAGCACCUAAUGAAAUAAGGGAGGAUGCAGAGGCUCCCAAAGCCAAAUUGGUGAAGCCUAACUCUCUCACCUCCUCCCGAUCUGGUAGUUCUCGCUCAGGGGCAUCCUCCACUCAGUCGAUGGUGCACAACAGUGCCCCCCGUGGCCCCAGGCCUCGCCUACCAGUUGUAGCUGCUCUUAAAGAGGGCGGGCAGCCCGGAAACUACCCUCCAGUACCGCCAGCAUAUAACCACGUGGUUCCUAAACUUCUAGAGCCCGGCAGUAGCCCCAAACCCAGCCCGGCAAAGCUAAACCCGGGCAACCUUGCCAGGAUGGGCGCCACACCUGUGAUGAUCCCUGCCCAAACCAAGGCAUUUCAGACUGUAUAGGAAUACCUACGGACCAAAUAUACACACACACACACACACACACACACACACACACACACACACACACACACACAUAUAUAUACAUACAUACUGUAUAAACAGUUGUGGGCAAAAAUAUUGGCACCCUUGAUAAAUAUGAGCAAAGAAGGCUGUGAAAAAUCACAUCACAGCUGGAGAAUUGCAGAAAUUAGUUGGGUCUUUGAGUCAUAAAGUCUCCAAAACUACAAUUGGACAUCACCUGCAUCACCACAAGUUGUUUGGGAGGGCUCCAAGAAAAAAAAAACUCUUCUUCCAUCCAACAACAAACUCAAGCAUCUUCAGUUUGCCAUACACAAUUGGAACUUUAAAUGGGACUGGGUUCUAUGGACAGAUAAAACAAAAAUAGAGCUUUUUGGCAGCAAACACAAGAAAUGGGUUUGGCGCACACUGAGAGGUAGCCAUAUGGAAAAGUACCUCAUGCCCACUGUAAAAUAUGGCAGUGGAUAUUUAAUGUUGUGGGGAUGUUUUAAUCCCAGAGGUCCUGGACGUCUUGUUUGGAUACAUGGCAUCAUCGACUCCAUCAAAUACCAACAUAUAAAAAAAUCAAAACCUCUGCAAGAAAGCUUAAAAUGGGCCCUAGUUGGGUCUUCCAGCAGGCCAAUGAUCCAAAACACAAAUCAAAAUCAAAACAAAAAUGGUUCACGGACCACAAAAUCAAGGUUUUUCCAUGGCCAUCCCAGUUCCAUGGUCAUCCCAGUUUUUCUUUUUUUCUUACAAUUGUUUGAUAUUGAUUAUUAGAGGAUAGAUUUUGGGGAAUAUUUUGAAUGAAAGAUCAAAAGGAUAAACAAAGACAUUAUUUUCACAAACUUCUUUGCUCAUAUUUACCAAGGGUGCCAAUAUUUUUGGCCACAACUGUAUACACACACAGCACUGAACGGAUAUGUCGAUUCCCAGAUCUGGUAACAGGAAUGUUCCCCAAGGAUUUCUCAUUUCUACAUCUAUGGAAAACUCACAGAGGUGGUCAAGCCAUUUAAAGAAACAUAAUGCCCCUCUGUUGGAAGUGAAAUGUUUUUUCCGCACUUCGCCGACCUCAAACAUCUCACAUUUUUGCCACUGAUGUGCACAUUGAAGUGGAAGGGGACCCCUUGUGGAGUGCAUGUAUUUUUAAAGGGUAAAGACAAGAAAUGAAGGGGGUUUCGGAAAGGAGGGCUUUCUGUUGUUAUGUUGCAUUUGAACAAACGCGGCAGAGUUGAACAGUGAUAAAGCUCUGCCUUUACUCAGACAGACAGCCUGUCUACCUGACCACACUCUUACAGUCUGCGCUUGGUUAAAACGGACAGUUACAGAAACUCACAUGAAGUGGGCUCUUUUUCAGCAGCAGUGUGUACACCCCCACAAGGAUUCACACCUGCCACACAUUUCCUCAGCCAAUCAGCAUUUGCCAGGCAGCCCUGCACGCAUCACACCUCAACAGCCAAUGGCAGGCCACCUACUGGGCACAGACACUACGAUUGGCCCAAAACAAGGAGAACAACCAAAUAAACACACCACAACAUAAAGGAUAACAGUACAUUUGUUUGUUGCUCAUUAAAGUAAGUAAAUGUAAGUAUUCCAUAUGUAAUAGGUAUUUAUAAGAAUUCCACAUAAAUAUUUUAUUUAAAGUAUCUAACAGUAUCUAAAAACCAUUUGUGACGUGUGUCAAGUUUAUUCCCUUUAAUGCAUUCAUUCACAGUUGCAAACAUGUCUUCAUGAUUAUGCAAACAGUAAUGUGCUUGUUUUUCUGGAUUGGGAAAUGGUUUGGAUGCUUCGCUCCUGGUUCUUGGUAUUUGCAAUUAAAAUCAUAUCUCUGGUUGGUCUAUUCUAUUAGAUGAAUGUUGAAUGAAGAUGGGUCAUGCUUAUUCUGUUUUGGUUUGUUUGAAUUAAAUGGAUCUGUCAAUUUAUUGCUGUGUCUAAAAAAUGUCAGUGAAACCUAAUGAGCAGGCCCACACAGAAAUCUCAGUAGAUUUCUGCACAAUUGGAAUGCCGUCAUUCAUAAAUUUCUUCAUAUACCGCAGCCAUUGUGCUUUAUAUUAAACAUGUAGGUUUAUUUGAUAUAUGCAUAUAAAGCAUCUAUAAUAAUAUAGUACUUUCAGCUUUUUUAAGAUAAUAUCAUUUAUUUAUUUUUAAAUCUAUUAUGCAGAUUUCCAGCAAAAUCAAUGCAGAAAUUUUUUUGUGCAGAUUCUGUCUGAGCCUGUGAAAGAGCGAUCUUUUGAAUGUGUUCGAUAUGGCUAUUUUUGCAAUUUUAUUAUUAUUAUUCAACAAUUUAGUUUUAAGUUUUCUUUUGGCUUUUAGCAUCAUUGUAACUGCUUUAGGUUAGAAGCUUUAAACACUUAAGGGCAGAUAUGAAUUCACUAUUUUAUUAAACAACACUCUUUUUUGCAACCUAAUUGUAUUAGGUUAUUCUAAUGUCAUUGCUUAUAUACAUUCUAAUUUCCACUGUUUUACCAUCUAAAAUUAUCAUAACAUUGAAUUUACAAUUUAAUGCUUGGAGUGGCAUUCACACUCUGAACAGCACAGAACCAGAUGGCAAAAUUUUCUUUUCGACCACUUUAGUAAACAUCAGGGGGAUUUAACAUGGAUGUCUCCCUGCAAAGAGAAUUAUUUAUUUAUUCGGAAUAAAUUAGACGGAUGAAGAAGAUCUCUAAGGGUAAAACCCAGGGAUAUUUCACCCAAAAAUUAGAGUUCUCUCAUCAUUUACUCACCCUCAUGCAUCCCAGAUGUGUAUGACUUUUUUUCUUCUACAGAACACAAACAAUAUCUCCGCUCUGUAGGUCCAUACAAUGCAAGUGAAUGGUGGCCAGAACUUUGAAGGUCCAAAAAGCAUUUAAAGACAGCAUAAAAAUAAUCCAUAACACUUCAGUCAUUAAAUCUAUAUAUUCCAGUGAUAUGAUAGGUGUGGGUGAGAAACAGAUCAAUAUUUAAAUCCUUUUUUACUAUCGAUCUCCACUCGCACUUUCACAUCCUCCUUUUGUUUUUGUCGAUUCACAUUCUUUGUAGAUAUUACCACCUACUGAACAGGGAGGAGAAUUUAUAGUUAAAAAAAUGACUUAAAUAUUGAUCUGUUUCUCACCCACACCUAUCAUAUAACUUCUGAAGACUUGGAUAAAACCACUGGAGUACUUUUAUGCUGCCUUUAUGUGCUUUUUGGACCUUCAAAUUUCUGGCCACUAUUCACUUGCAUUGUAUGGACCUACCGAGCUGAGAUAUUUAGAAAAUCUUAGUUUGGGAUCAGAAGAAGGAAAGUCUGGGAUGACAUGAGGAUGAGUAAAUGAUGAGAGAAUUUCAAUUUUUGGGUGAACUAUCCAUUUAGGGAAAUAACCAUUUUUAUUUCCAAAUAACCCAGGAAUAUUUAUUUCUAUGUUUGUGUGCAUGCAACAAAAUUUUGUCAUAGUGUUUAUUCAGAAGGACAGUACUUGGCGAGGCAGAAGAACCAAAGGCUGACCUUAUUUAUUGAAAUAUUUCAGAAGGCCAGUGCAAAAGUACACAGGAUGUCGACCCAGUUUCUUUGAUUUAGCUUCAGCUCACAGCCUGCUCAAUUUUCUCAGUUUGAAAUCUAUUUCAAAUGACGAGGAAAGUGGGGAAAUAAAGUCAGAAGUCUAAGUACAUUCUUGCAACCCGCUGCUCCUGUAUGGCUGAGUCUGCUGUUGAUAUGCGCUGAGACGCACGUUUCAGUUGAGUUUUGUUCGGUAUGUCACAGCUGAAUAGUUUGAAUGCUGAGCUCUAAUGUUAAACACCCUGCAUACAUUUGCUUGAUAUAAUGUGCACCUAAACACAACUGGCAAUGGACCUGCAUGACACAGAUAGCUAAAGAAAGACAAGUAUUUUGGCAGUAUAUUAUAUACUAGCAGCCAAAUAAUAUUAAAGAAAAAAAUAAGGCUAAAAAUUGUAUUAAUGUUAAUAAUGGGCAUUUUGUAUUUACACCAACUGUCAUUAUAAAGUACAGAAUGAACAUUGAAUUACUAUUAUCUUUUAUUUUUUUGUACUUCUACACAUGUGCUCUCUUUAGUUUAGUCAGGUCAGGCUGGUUUUGUUCAAGACUGCAUGAGUUUGAAUACCACAAGCCACACUUUCCUCCUAUCACUUUUUUUUACAUUAUGUCUGUCUUUGGUCAAAAGACAAAAAAUACAUGUAUAUAUCUUCUAUCUUCAAUUCAGAUGUGAUGUAUAUUUGUACAAUAUUUUAAUGAGAUUUUCUUUGGUUUGUAAUAAAGCAUUCAA